CAUGAAAAUAGGGCGGGGUCUGAGAACCCGAUCUUAACAGUAACAGUCAGCACUCCAAAUAAUUUCCCAACUUGUUGGAAAGUCUGUUGCGUUGAACCGACUGUUGUGGGGAAAAUCGUUCUGCUUUCGAGGAAAAUGGCCUCACCGAAAACAUCUGCACGUUUUUGAGAGCUUUGCAUGUAAAUGGAAACCUGCAUUUCAGAACAACUUUUGAAACUAUACGAACACUGCAUGGAAAUCUGAAAGAAUUUUAUGAUUCGACGUUAACUCUUAUUCCGUAAACAAAUGGUGGAAAACGCUGGUUGUCGGACCAAAGAUUGCGGUGUCCUGUUUAAAACACAUGGCUGUCUGUCAACAGUGUGGUGACUAGCUCUACCUGUGUGGAGGUAUAUGCGCUUGGCACAGUUCCAUCCAUCCAUGGAGGAUUUCAUUCGCGGCAUACCUGUGGACAAUGCUCUUUCGAGUUCAUAUUUUGAAAGUGUUUCCAGCGUCGUUAUCUUGUAACCUGAUCUAUUCCGGUCGCAUUGUGAAAGCGGAUUGAUAAUCAUGCAUAAACCGUCCACCCGUGAUGUGCAGAAUUUUGGCGUGGAAAAUGCGUAACCAAGUCGUGCAAACGAGGUAGCUAGAUAGCUAGCUGUCUUGGGGAGUUGUGCGCCGUUGUCAAACAACGCAAAGUGAUAGCCGUUCAGAUAACUGAAAAUGAGUCAAGAUCUUGAAGAUAUAUCACUCUCUGUACCCUCUUUCGGUCAGUCCCCAGACGCGGAAGACGGUCGUGAGAGUUCCCGUGAAGGUGCCAUGAACAGUGCCAGCGUGAUACCUGCAGCCGGGACCUUCUGGCACGACUCAGCCGUUGGUGGGAGCAUCAGUCCUUGUGUCACUAACUGCGCCGAGAACAGUGGCUUGUUGUCGACGGGGAAAUGCAAAAGUAGACCGAUCACGGUGGCAUAUGUGAUCAAUAAUGAAAAUAACCAGUCACAUACCGCUGAGAGCAUGGCCUUACAGUGUCUGAAAGAAGCGUGUGACUCUGUAGGAAGUAAGCUGGAGACUGUGCACUUCGGAAAGCUCGAUUUUGGGGAAACGACAGUGCUUGAUCAUUUCUACAAUGCAGACAUCGCCGUCGUGGAGAUGACUGACGCCUUCCGCCAGCCCUCCCUCUUCUACCACCUGGGGGUCAGGGAGAGCUUCAGCAUGGCCAACAACGUAAUCCUGUACUGCGAUUCCAACUCUGACUCACUUCAGUCGUUGCAGGAGAUCAUUUGCCAGAAGAACACUACAUGCACGGGGAACUACACCUUCAUCCCCUACAUGCUGACCCCGCACAACAAGGUGUACUGCUGCGAGAGCAGCCUGAUGAAGGGGCUGACGGAGCUCAUGCAGCCCAGCUUCGAGGUGCUCCUGGGCCCCAUCUGCAUGCCCCUGACUGACCGCUUCAUCCAGCUGCUCAAGGUCCCGCAGGCCAAUUCCAGCCAGUACUUCCGCGAGACCAUCCUGGCCGAGAUUCGGAAGGCGAGGGAGCUGUACACGGGGGUGGAGCUGGCGACGGAACUGGGACGGAUCCAGCAGCGGCUGGACAACGUGGAGUGCCUGUCGGUCGACAUUGUCCUUAACCUGCUUUUAUCCUACAGGGAUAUCCAGGAUUAUGAAUCCAUUGUCAAGCUGGUGGAGACGCUGGAAAAGCUUCCCACGUUCGAUCCCUUUGCCCAUCCCCACGUGAAGUUCCAUUACGCCUUCGCUUUAAAUCGGAGGAACUUGCCUGGGGACAGACAGAAGGCUCUGGACAUUAUGCUGCCCUUGGUGGAAUCACAAGCGCAGGUGGCGUCUGAUAUUUACUGCUUGGUAGGACGCAUCUACAAGGACAUGUUCGUGGACUCGCACUUCGCCGACACCAAGAGCCGGGACAGUGGCACGUACUGGUUCAAGAAGGGGUUCGAAUCGGAGCCGACGCUACAUUCGGGGAUUAACUAUGCUGUCCUGCUCCUGGCGGCAGGACACCAAUUCGACACCUCUUUCGAGCUCCGCAAAGUCGGUGUGAAAUUAAGUAGUCUUCUGGGCAAAAAGGGCAGCCUGGACAAACUGCAGAGCUACUGGGACGUGGGCUUCUUCCUUGGGGCCAGCAUCCUGGCCUGUGACAACAUGAGAGUCAUCCAGGCAUCUGAGAAGCUCUUCAAACUGAAGGCCCCCAUUUGGUAUCUGCGUUCGAUUGUGGAGACGAUAUUGAUCUACCAGCACUUCAAGAAGCCCGGUGCGGAGCCACAGGCCCUGAAGCAGGAACUGGUGGAUUUUUGGAUGGACUUCCUGGUGGAGGCGACGAAGAAGGACGUCUCCUCAGUUCGCUUCCCAGUUUUAAUACUGGAGCCCACUAAGGUCUAUCAGCCCUCCUAUUUGUCUAUCAACAAUGAUGUUGAGGAGAAGACAGUUUCAAUCUGGCACGUGGCCCCAGAUGACAAGAAAGGGAUUCACGAGUGGAACUUCACGGCCACAUCAAUCCGGGGUGUAAGCAUUUCCAAAUGUGACGAGCGCAGCUGCUUUCUGUACGUGCUCAACAACUCUGAGGACUUCCAGAUCUACUUCUGCACAGAGAUGCACUGCAAAAGGUUAUGUGACCUGGUGAACAGCAUUACGGAGGAGGCAUGGAAGGGGCCGGAGGAAGGGGACUGUGACCCUGAGGCCCUAGAGUACGACUACGAGUACGACGAGCACGGGGAGAGGGUGGUGCUCGGGAAGGGCACCUUUGGGGUGGUGUAUGCGGGCCGGGACCUUAGCAACCAAGUGCGGCUGGCUAUCAAGGAGAUCCCUGAGAGGGAUAGCAGGUACUCUCAGCCUCUUCAUGAGGAGAUUGCCCUUCACAAGCACCUGAAGCACAAAAACAUUGUGCAGUACCUGGGGUCCAUCAGCGAGAACGGAUUCAUCAAGAUCUUCAUGGAGCAGGUGCCUGGAGGAAGCCUCUCUGCGCUUCUUAGAUCUAAAUGGGGCCCCCUGAAGAAUAAUGAACCCACCAUCGGCUUUUACACCAAGCAGAUCUUGGAGGGACUCAAGUACCUGCACGACAAUCAGAUUGCACACCGAGACAUAAAGGGUGACAACGUGCUCAUAAACACGUACAGUGGAGUGCUGAAGAUUUCUGAUUUUGGAACGUCCAAAAGGCUGGCUGGCAUCAACCCUUGCACAGAAACGUUUACAGGAACACUACAGUACAUGGCGCCGGAAAUCAUCGACAAGGGCCCGAGGGGCUACGGCAAGCCGGCGGACAUUUGGUCACUGGGCUGCACCAUCAUCGAAAUGGCCACCGGAAAGCCCCCCUUUUAUGAGCUCGGGGAACCACAGGCAGCCAUGUUCAAAGUGGGGAUGUUUAAGAUUCACCCCGAGAUCCCGGACUCCAUGUCCCAGGAGGCCAAGGCAUUCAUCCUGCGCUGCUUUGAGCCCGACCCGGACCGCCGGGCCACCGCCGUGGACCUGCUCACCGACGAGUUCCUCACCGUCACCAGCCGCAAGAAGAAGGGCAAGAGCUCUUUCACAGCACUGACCCCAGGGUCAGAGUAUCUGCGUAGCAUCUCCUUGCCUGUGCCUGUCGUCGUCGAGGAUACCAGCAGCAGCAGUGAAUACGGCUCGGUCUCCCCUGACAACGACCUCAACACCAACCCCUUUGUCUUCAAGCCCAGCACCAAGUGCUACAGUGAGCGGGAUGUGAAAGGGCACAGAUCCCUGUUCCUGAGCAUUCCCGUAGAGAACUUUGAGGACCACAGCGCGCCUCCAUCCCCCGAGGAGAAGGACUCGGGCUUUUUCAUGCUGAGAAAGGACAGCGAGAGGAGGGCCACGCUCCACCGCAUCCUGAACGAGGACCGCGACAAAGUGGUGGCGAACCUGGUGGAGUCACUGAACCAGGGUGCUGAGGAAACCAAGCUAAAAUGGGAGCACAUUUCCACCCUGGUGGUCAGCCUGGGCGAGUUUGUGCGCAUGGCCGACCGCAAGAUCAUCGCCAGCACCCUCUCCCAGCUCAAGCUGGAGCUGGACUUCGACAGCAGCGCCAUCAGCCAGCUACAGAUGGCGCUCUUUGGCUUCCAGGACGCGGUAAACAAAGUCCUGCGGAACCACAACAUCAAACCCCACUGGAUGUUUGCCUUGGACAAUAUCAUCCGCAAGGCAGUGCAGACCGCCAUCACCAUCCUGGUGCCAGAAUUGAGGCCUCACUUCAGCCUCACCUCCGAGAGCGAUCCGGCUGACCAGGAGGACGUGGAGGACGACAUGGAGCACGAGGGGCGCCACGCCCGCCAGAGCGGGGCCGCCCCCAGCGCCCCGCACGAUGACACGGUGGCCACCUCCGGCGUGAGCACGCUCAGUUCCACCGUCUCGCACGAGUCUCACAACGCGCAGCGCUCUGUCAGCAUGGAGCUCGGGAGAAUGAAGCUGGAGACCAACAGGCUGCUGGAGGAACUGCUGACGAGGGAGCGCGAGUACCAGGCGAUCCUGCAGCAGGUUCUAGACGAGAGGGAGCAGGAGAUCAAACUACUGCGGGCCAAGGCUGGAACCACAGAUACCCCGGCGCCCCCUGUGGGCUGCCGGACCCCCUCGGAGGAGGAGUGCGGCGAUUCGGAGCUGGCCAGAUGGCUGAGGCUCCACGGGGCCGAUGAGGACUCUGUCGAGAGGAUUUUAUCAGAAGAUUACGCACUGUCUGAUUUUCUUCACUACGUGACAAGAGAUGACCUGAAGAGUUUAAGAUUAAGAGGUGGAGUUCUGUGCAAGCUGUGGAAAGCUAUCACAGAUUACAGAGCGAAGCCUUCCUGAAUCCCCCUCGAGGGCACACCCAGAUGGAGGGUUUAGACCCCAGACUGAACCAGUGUUCUCUCGACACCAGUGCACUUUACUAUACUGUUCAUAUUAGACCAAAACUCCAUUGUUAAAUACCCAGCGCUGUAGAAAUAUUGUCAUCACAUGAUGAAAAAAUAUUUCCAGUUAAGUGCAUAUUGUACAUAUAUUUAGUAGAGAGAAUAGUAUAAUAUUCUAUGUGACCUUUCUGGUCAAAUAUUAAUUUAAUUGGAAUAAUUUUCAUGAGUAACACAAAUUCUUGGGGUUAUCAAGACAUAUUAUCAAAUAAUGAUUUAACAUUUAUAUUUUAUUUUAUUGUUCCGGUAAAUUGUUAUAUUUUGUGUCAUGUUAAAUUAAUAUCAGUGAUAUGUAUUGUAGAUAUAAACAAUUGCAACACCAUUUUAGGUGGUAAAAUUAGAACGAGAACAAUUGACCGAAAUUCAUACAUUUGUAAAUAUUUGUAUUACAAUUGGUGAGUGCUUUGAAGUAUGAAUGGUUUGUAAAAAAAAAUAUCUCUAUAAUGUGUUUACAAAACCUGAGACUGAACUUUUUUAAGACACAAACCUGAGAACCACGAUUCAAUGUCAGCUAAACUACAGUGUCUAAAGUGACAAAAUAUGACACUGGCUAUUAAAUUCUUUCUUAAAUACUGUAAGAGCCUGUUAUAAUUGUAUAAUCUUCCAUCUUUAAAAAUAUAUUUCUCCUAACGUUGUUAGUGUGUUAAUGUAAUUUAUGUUCACUAUGAAUAAAACAUUUUGAAUAUAUAUAUAUAUAUAUAUAUAUAUAUAUAUAUAUAUAUAUAUAAACAGAUUUUCGCUUAGCCAAACAAGCACAUGCAUGCCUGUAUUUUCUUGUUUCUGUUAUAGGCAUUGUGAUGUGAGGUAGAAUUCCAGCAUUGUUGUUUUAUUCUGUUUCACCAAUGUCAGCCUAUUUCAGAUCAGUUUGUUUAUGUAACAAAUGCAACAUAUUCUUCCACAGAAAACCUGCAAAGAUCAGUCAAUGGCAUAAACCGAACAUAUUAAAAACUAGCCUGGAUGUUUAUAUCACAUAAUGCAGAAAAUCUGUACUGUAUUUUUCUGUGAAGUCAUUACUGAUAAUGGAACAAACUCUGAGUGCUUUUCAGGCACAAAAUGUUUACAGGCCACAUUUUAUAAUAUGACAUUCAGUGCAAAUGGUAAGCAUUUUUGUUUGUGUUUUAUAUACAAAUAGCAUAAGUGUACUUGUACUUUUAAAAAUAAAUGUAUUUUUCUGUGCAUUACAUCAUGUUAAAUCUUCAUGCACAUUUCUCUUUAAGCAUGUGAAAGGAUGUAUCUAAAUACAAGUACAAAUGAAACUAAUUCCCAAUUGUUGUACUGUCAAGCUCUACUGUUAAUAAUGCAUUGUGAAAACACUGUUCUUUUUGCUUGUAUUCAUUACUUUACAUAUGAUUACUAAUGAGAGUAUUUGUACAGAUAUGAUAUUAUUAUAUAAUUAUCUGUCAUCAGAAUUAACUGUGAAAUAAAAUUGUGAAUUAAAAUGUCAAAAUUCAGUGAUGUGGUUUCCUUUACAUGGAUGUAUAGAGAAGUCUGACAAAUGCAUGGAGGAAGAAGCAUGUUUGCUGUUUACCAUUCCUUUUUAAUCCCUCAUGCUUUCAAUAAAUUAUGUUGGCCUGUUGAUCUC